AUGCUAUCCUCCACCUGUUGCGUCGUUGCACUCCUUGUCGCCCCGUUGACUGCGGUGGCUACUCGCACUCGUCAACUAGGCUACGUUGCUGUCAGACAAGCGAACGGGGCCCCUACUCCCUGUGUCCGGAUUGAUCCACCUCCGUCGCAGGAGGAAACAGUGGCCCGGUUUAAUGCGUUUGUUGAUGCAUUUGUUGGGCCAUCAAAGAGCUUGUUUGAAGCAUUCAAGUACAUUGCCGAGGACUACAUUAACCAUAAUCCGGCCGCUCAGAAUGGUUCCCAAUCAGCAUGGGAUAUUCUCAGCCCUUUCUGGGAUAGUUCCUCAAUUACUUACAUUCGUUCCACCGUUGCCGAAGACAUGUCCUGGGUUAACUACAAGAGUGGGGGGUUUGGAGAGGUGGUUGACCGCUUCCGCUGGGAGGCUGGCUGCAUCGCUGAGCAUUGGGACCAGGGAGAGGAGUACCCAGCAGUUUAG